UCUGAUCUGCCCCUGUAUAAAUAAGCGAGCGGCUUCCCCAUCUGCUCGGUGUGGGCAGUGGGGUGAGCACUCGUCUCGCUUGCAACUUUGGGUGAUGAGGAGCUAUCCAGAUGUGGAGGUGGACGAGGAUGAGUUCGCCAAGCUCAUCAGGAGGAUGAACCCACCAAGGGUUGUGAUUGAUAAUGAUUCUUGCUAUGAUGCUACAGUUAUCAGAGUGGAUAGCGUCAACAAGCAAGGGAUUCUCCUGGAAGUAGUUCGAGUUCUCACUGAUCUGAACCUUAUGAUCAGGAAGGCCUACAUAUCAUCGGACGGGAGUUGGUUUAUGGACGUAUUUAAUGUGACAGAUGAAGCUGGAAAUAAAGUGUCGGACGGAGAGGUCACCUCCUACAUUCAAAAGUCCAUAGAAUCAGAAGUGUACUUCUUCCCUGAACUCCAGAAUUCAAUAGGUGCAAUGCUCUCCAAAGAACACACUUUGAUUGAAGUAACAGGCUCCGACAGACCUGGUUUGCUAUCUGAAAUAUGCGCUGUACUUGCAACCGAGUUGUGUCUUGUUGCGAAAGCUGAGCUUUGGACUCACAACGGAAGAGUUGCAGCAGUACUUCAUGUCACCGAUGAGUCCACUGGCGGAGCGAUUGAAGACCUUGAAAGGCUUUCAACAAUCAAGAAGCUUUUAUGUAAUGUUCUUAGAGGUAACAGUGACUCUAGGAUAGGAAGGAUGGCUAUCUCCCAGGGGCUUACCCACACUGAGAGAAGGUUGCACCAAAUGAUGGUAGAUGAUCGUGAUUAUGAGAUGGUUAGCGUGAAAGGAGAUGUAAAUGAUGAAGUUAGAACUCACGUGAACGUGAUGGACUGCUUGGAGAAGGAUUAUACUGUGGUCAUUUUAAGAUCUAAGGACCGGCCUAAGCUUCUUUUCGAUAUCCUUUGUACGCUCACAGACUUAAAGUAUGUUGUGUUUCAUGGGACCGUAAGCACAGGAAAGGAGGAAGCCUAUCAGGAAUACUAUAUAAGGCAUACAGAUGGCCUCCCCAUAAGCUCAGAGAGCGAGCGGCAACGCCUGAUUAAGUGUCUCAAGGCUGCUAUUGAGAGAAGAGCAUCAGAGGGUUUAGAAUUGGAGCUGCAAACAGAGGACAGAGGUGGUUUUCUCUCAGAGAUUACAAGGAUAUUCCGUGAGAAUGGCUUAACUAUAAGGAGAGCAGAGAUCUCAAUAUCUGGAAACGAUACCUUCUAUCUUUCAGAAAUGUCUGGCAACCCAAUCGAUCAGAAGACAAUUGAUUUGAUAAAAGGUCAACUUGGAGACACGGUGCUGAGGGUGAAACAGAAGCUUGAGGUUCCACCAAAGCCUCCUGAAAUGGUUGGCAGUGUCAACUUCAUCUUUGGCAAUCUCUUCAAGGCCUCAUUUCAAAGUUUCAGAUAAGGCUACUCCUAACCUUGAGUAGACUGUGCAGAGAUAGAUGAACAUAGUUGACUUUAUAUUGGUUCUAGGAAGUGAAAUGGUUCACUCAGUGGAUGAGAUUUCUCUAAAACAUCAAUGUCAACUGUGCUGAUCGAUCUCAUUAUAUUAUAUUGAUGCAUGUUUCCUUAUUUGUUUGACUCUUUCAGUAGGUUGAAGUGAGGCCUACUCACACCAAACCCUAUCCCAAGCUUCAUUUCCAUACAAAAGAAUCCACCACCCACCGUUGACUGAGAAAAGGAGUUAGCACUAUGGAUGAAGGAUAUGGUUAGACCUUGAGACAAAGUGUUCGAGUUGCGCUAGGAAGCUGCUGAGUCAAUAGCCAAGUCAUACCAGUGAAAUAAAAGUAGCCAACAACUCAUCUUGUUCAGAUCCAAAUGGACCACAUCAAAGAUAUGUCGGCGAGCCUGAGAAUUGAGGAACAGAACAAUAUUUGGUCCAGCUUCAAGCUCAAGUUCCAACUGAACUAACUCGACUUCACGACCAGAGUUCCAACUCUGCUAAAAAGAAUGUAAUGUUGCGAAACAAAUUCCAUAGUUACCAUCGGCAUCGUGGACAAUGAUUAUGGUGGCAAUGUGGCAUAGCUCAAUUACUGUCUUUGGCUCUGCUUUGGCAGUGUCCUAACCGAAUCCUUUGCUAUAGAUGUAAUAAAACUCAACUUCGAAGACUGGAUCGUUAAACAAGUGGAUUGUGCAA